GCUACGCUGCGCUAUGUUGGUUUUCAGCUGUUUUCUGAUAGACGCAAACUAUACUAGUGGAAUUUUGAUCAACAUUCACUUAUUACCAAUUAUUAAUUCAUAUCCGCUACUUUGAGUUAAUUCACUUGUCUUCUUUAUUAUUUUACGUUCUUACUAAGUACUAUCUUUUAAGAACAUUUUUUAAUAUUUAUAACUUUCUCUAAAACUAUGACUGGAAAAACUUUACUAACUGAUGAUCCAGCUUACAAAACUCUUUUGGAUUAUUAUAAUUCGGUUGGUCGCUCGUUAAAUAUAAAACAGUUAUUUGCCAACGAAUGUGAUCGUUUCAAUAAAUACAGUUUGAAAUUAUCAACCCCUAAUGAUGGAGAUGUUUUGAUUGAUUACUCUAAAAAUCGAUUAGAUGAAAAAGCUUUUGGCUUAUUAUUAAAUCUGGCCAAAGCUCGUAAAGUUGAAGAAGCAAGAUCAUCUAUGUUCAGUGGUGAAUGUAUUAAUAUUACUGAAAACAGACCUGUACUUCAUGUUGCUUUACGUAAUCGUUCUAAUAAACCUAUACUGGUCAAUGGUUGUGAUGUUAUGCCAGAAGUUAACAGUGUUUUAAACCACAUGAAAGAAUUUUCUGAAGAAGUUAUUUCAAAAAAAUGGGUUGGUUAUACUGGUAAACCUAUUGAAGAUGUUGUUAACAUUGGUAUUGGUGGAUCAGAUUUAGGACCUUUGAUGGUAACUGAAGCUUUAAAACCUUAUGCUGUGGGACCCCGUGUACACUUUGUAUCAAAUAUUGAUGGAACACACUUAGCAGAAACUUUAAAAAAACUUAAUCCAGAAACUGUAUUAUUUAUUAUUGCCAGCAAGACAUUCACUACUCAAGAAACAAUUACCAAUGCAAAGUCAGCAAAAAAAUGGUUCCUUAAUAUAGCCAAAGAUGAGUCUGCAGUUUCAAAACAUUUUGUAGCCUUAUCUACAAACAAAGAAAAAGUAACAGAGUUUGGCAUUGAUGAACAUAACAUGUUUGGAUUUUGGGAUUGGGUUGGAGGUCGUUAUUCUCUUUGGUCUGCAAUUGGCCUUUCUAUAUGUCUUUCUCUUGGUUUUAAAAAUUUUGAGUCUUUAUUAUCUGGAGCCCAUUAUAUGGAUCAACACUUUCUUAACACACCAUUAGAAAAAAAUGCUCCUGUAAUUUUGGCUUUAUUGGGAAUUUGGUAUCACAAUCUUCAUGGUGCUGAAACCCAUGCUUUACUGCCAUAUGAUCAAUAUCUACAUAGAUUUUCUGCUUACUUUCAACAAGGUGACAUGGAAUCUAAUGGAAAAUCAGUUACAGUGGGUGGAACUCCAAUCAAAUCGUACUCAACUGGGCCAAUUGUAUGGGGUGAACCUGGAACUAAUGGACAACAUGCUUUUUACCAACUAAUACAUCAAGGUACUCGCCUCAUUCCAGCUGAUUUCAUUGCACCAGCUGUAACUCACAACUGUAUUAGUGAUGGUGUUCAUCAUAAGAUUUUAAUGGCUAACUUUUUGGCUCAAACUGAAGCACUAAUGAAAGGUAAAACACCAGACGAAGCUCGUAAGGAACUUGAAGGGUCAAAUUUAGAUGCUAAAGAACUUGAGAAAUUGGUUGCUCACAAAACUUUUUCUGGAAAUCGCCCAACAAAUUCUAUUGUGUUCAAACAAAUCACACCAUAUACUUUAGGAUUAUUAAUUGCUAUGUAUGAACAAAAAAUUUUUGUCCAAGGAGUAAUUUGGGAUAUCAACUCUUUUGAUCAAUGGGGUGUGGAAUUGGGUAAACAACUUGCCAAAAAAAUUGAACCAGAACUAGCAACAGGUAAUACUAUUACUAGUCAUGACUCUUCUACUAAUGGUCUCAUUAACUUCAUUAAGUCCAAUUGGUCUUAAAUUAAGUUAACUUUUAAAAUUUAGUCAACUUUUUAUUUCAUUGAACAACCUUCUAGUUUUUAUUUUAAGAAUAUUAUUUAUCUAUUAUUAAUUUGUUUAUUAUACUUUAAAUUAGAUGAAUUAUUAUUUUCACAUUUAUUGUAUUAUUAUUAUUUUGUUUUUGUAAAAUGUUAAAUAAAUUAAGUUAAUUACACAAUUUUAUUAUACUAAUAAGAAAAAUUUUAGAAUUACAUUUUUAAGAAAUUUUAUU